AUGCGUAGGGUGGCGACUUUCUUGGGUUUGUGCCAGCACGUACUCGCGGCCUCCGCCAMGACCCCCACUGUCAGCCUAUCAGGCUAUGGAUCCUUUCAAGGACUGACGGUCAACGACUCCCUGACCAACGACACGCUACCCGCAUCGGUAGAUGCCUGGUUGGGUAUCGACUAUGCCUCCCAGCCAGUAGGCGAUCGCAGAUUCCGUCCCGUCGAGGCACGACCAACAGCAUUCGAGGGAAGUCGAUCCGCAUCAACUUAUGGGAAAGUAUGUGUCCAAGACCCCUCGGUGAUCUCGUAUGAACAAGACGAGGCCUGCUUGAACUUCAACGUCUUUCGUACAGCCAAUGUACCCCUCAGCAAGAAGCUCCCUACUCUGGUAUGGAUUCAUGGCGGCGGAUUCGUGCAAGGAUCGGCGCGCAGUUUCGAUGGUGCCUCGUUUACAGCCUCGUCCGAGAAUCCAAUCGUUGUUGUCACAUUCAACUACAGACUCAACUCGCUUGGCUUCCUACCGUCUGCUCUUUUCGAGGAGGAAGGUCUCCUGAAUUUGGGACUCUUGGAUCAGCGUUUCCUCCUUGAAUUCUUACAAGACCAUCUCGGCUCCUUCGGUGGCGAUCGAGAUCAAAUCACAAUUGGUGGUCGAUCUGCUGGAGCCCAUUCAGUCGGCAUCCACUACUUCCACAACUAUGGAAACGACACUGGCAAUCCCCUUUUUGCUCGGGUCAUUCACCAAUCUGGAUCUGUCACUGCACGAGGAUUCCCCGAUUCCAGCUUUCCGCAGUACCAGUCAGAUUUCAACCGCUUUAUGAACGCCAUAGAUUGCCCCCUUAACGCGAGUAACGCUGCCACCUUAGAGUGCCUUCGAGCAGCGCCCAUCGACAUGAUCCAGUCCGAGAGUGCUCAGAUGUACCGCGACGGAGCCCCCCUCAUCGCUUGGCCAUUCCAGCCUACUCUGGGAGGUCCAUUACUGGAGCGACCUGGCUCGGUGUCCGGACGUGAGGGCACUUUCUUCCAUCUCCCAGCCAUCACAUCCCACGUCAGCAAUGAGGGCAAAUACUACACACCAGGCAAUCUUCAAACAAAUGAUGACUUCCUCCAGUUCAUGCUCCAAACCAGCCCGUACCUUAACCUCACCGAUAUUGCAAUUAUCAACGAUCUCUACCCCGAUCCAACCGCACAUCCAGACUCCAUCUAUUCCAGCUCCCCGAACUCGACACAAUACAACCGCGUAUCAGAGGCCUGGUCAGAUUAUGCAUACAUCUGUCCUAGUCGAGAGACCGCCUUCCGAGUCUCAUCUGCUGGUGUGCCAGUCUGGCGCUUGCACUUCAACACUCCUGACGCCCCAUUGCAAUAUCAGAGCUGGCGUGGUAUCCCGCACACUUCCGACACGCGAUACACCUGGGCUUCGAGGAAAGUCCCGUACACGGUGACUGGGGAUAUCUACCACGCAUAUCUAGCUAGCUUUGUGACCACUGGAGAUCCCAAUACUGCAAGGCUCGAAGGGACACCAAAGUGGCCGCAAUACGAUGCGGCCAAGGGUGCAGACGCUGAGCAGCUAUUGGUCAGUCCAGGCAAUUUUACGGUGGUGGAGAAUGAUUCAUAUCGCAGAGCUCAGUGUGAUUUCUGGAAUAGCGAGGAGCGUGCUGAGAGACUCAGUAAAUAG